GGGGAGAGGCGGAGCCAGCAAAUGUUGAAGACGGUCAUACCCGCCCCCUUUUCUGUGGAAACAGUGCGUGCCCUCGCAGAUUUUGAUUCCCCACUGUAGAACCGAUCACCAUGGCGACUAGACAGAAGUUGAUGAGAGCUAUUAGAGUUUUUGAAUUUGGUGGACCAGAAGUGCUGAAAUUCCAGUCGGAUGUUGCAGUACCAAUUCCAAAAGACCAUCAGGUUCUAAUCAAAGUCCAUGCGUGUGGUGUAAACCCAGUGGACACGUACAUUCGCUCUGGUACUUACAGUAGGAAACCACUCUUACCCUAUACUCCUGGUUGUGACGUGGCUGGGGUAGUAGAAGCUGUUGGAGAGAAUGUAUCUGCUUUUAAGAAAGGUGACAGAGUUUUCACUACCAACACGGUCUCUGGGGGCUAUGCAGAGUAUGCUAUUGCAGCAGAUGACACUGUUUACACCCUACCAGAAAAACUGGACUUUCAACAAGGAGCUGCCAUCGGUGUCCCAUAUUUUACUGCUUAUCGAGCUCUGCUCCACAGUGCCCGCGUGAAAGCUGGAGAAAGUGUUCUGGUUCAUGGGGCUAGUGGAGGGGUAGGCAUAGCAGCGUGCCAAAUUGCUAGAGCGUAUGGUUUAAAGGUUUUGGGCACAGCUGGCACUGAGGAAGGACAAAAUAUUGUUUUGCAGAAUGGAGCCCAUGAAGUGUUUAAUCACAGAGAAGUUAAUUAUAUUGAUAAAAUUAAGAAAUCUGUUGGUGAAAAAGGAAUUGAUGUGAUUAUUGAAAUGUUAGCUAAUGUAAAUCUUAGUAACGAUCUGAAUCUUCUGUCAUAUGGAGGACGAGUAAUAGUUGUUGGCAGCAGAGGUUCUAUUGAAAUAAACCCACGGGACACCAUGGCAAAGGAAACUAGUAUAAUUGGAGUUGCUCUCUAUUCAUCAACCAAGGAGGAAUUUCAGCAAUUUGCAGCAGCCGUUCAAGCUGGAAUGGAAAUUGGUUGGUUGAGACCUGUAAUAGGUUCUCAGUAUCCGUUGGAGAAGGUGGCCCAGGCUCACAAAAAUAUCAUUCAUAGCAGUGGGGCUACUGGGAAAAUGAUUCUUCUCGUAUCAUGAUUAAUUAUUUCAUGUAUUUCCUAUGUAAUUAGAGGUUUCUUACUCCAGUUUUACUUAUGCUGUCUUUGCUUUAAUUAGCAUUCAUUUGAUUCACUGAGUUUUUUUAUAUUAAAAACAAGAUUUGUCUUUAGAGAUCCUGGGUAUUGGAGUACAAUUUGUGUUAGAGCUGGCAGUAUUCCUUAGGCCUUCUGCCUGUAAUCAAGCAGUCGUCAUAGUAGGAAAUAGAAUGUUGUCAUUGCCAUUGGCAUGCAUUAUAGACAUUCCUGAUCAUUCAUUUCAUACCUUUGACUAAAACAUGCUAAUUAAAAAUCACACUGCUUGAUUUCCAAGGCUGUAUUCUUCUCUUAAAGGUUCUUUAGUCUCUGAUUAGCCUAUAAUUGUAUUUGACUCUGAAGAUUUUCUAGACUAAACAAGACCCCUUUUCCAAACUAAUCUCAUGGAGAUCUACAAGUCUCUUGGAAGGGCAAAAUAAACAAUGUGCCGAGAAAUUUGUUAGUUUUCCAAUAUUUCCCUAAAUAUUAGGACAUUUACUUUGUUAAUGGUUGAUUACCAGUGAUCUAUAUAUUUUGUGAAGACAGCAGCCUUGUCUUUGGUAUACUAUGAUGCCAGGUACAUAGUCUCCAAAUAGAUACUUACAGAUUGAUUUGAUUUCAAAUUAGAUUUAGAAUUAUCUGUUUGUGUAAUGGGGGUCACAUAUUUUUUUUUUUUUAAUUAAUAAACAAACUUGACACAUUAAGAAUGAUCUGCCUUUGUUUUCA